AUGGACAGAAGUUGCUAUCUUCUCUUUGCUCUAGCAGUUUUCAUUCUGCUUCAUCACAAUACUUCACUUGCUAGUGUUCCUAAUAUUAGCACUGAUGAAGUUGCUCUUCUUGCACUGAAAUCACACAUUUCUUCUCCUCAUAACAUCUUACAAAGCAGCUGGUCCUCUUCCAGCCCAAUAUGCAGCUGGAUCGGAAUCACUUGCGGCUCCCACCACAAUCGAGUCACUGCUUUAAACAUUUCUAGCAUGCAACUUCAUGGUACCAUUCCUCCACACCUUGGGAACCUCUCAUUUCUCGUCUCCCUCGACAUCAGUAACAACACUUUCCAUGGAGAUUUGCCAGAAGAGUUGGCUCAUUUGCAGAGGUUGAAAUUGAUUAAUGUCGCAAGCAAUAACUUAACUGGUUCCAUUCCAUCAUUUUUAAGUUUAUUACCUAACCUUCAGCACAUGUACCUUUCGAUGAAUCAGUUUUGGGGGGAAAUUCCAUCUUCCCUGUCCAAUCUAACAAAGCUGGAGGUGUUGAGAAUAAAUAGAAAUUUUCUCAAAGGAGAGAUCCGUCGGGAAAUCGGUGAUCUUCGUUACUUGAAGUUCCUAGACCUGCAAUAUAAUCAGCUUACUGGCUCUAUACCAACAUCGAUCUUCAACAUUACAACGAUGCAAAACAUUGCUCUUACCAAUAACAAUCUUACUGGUCAGCUUCCCACAUCUAUAUGUCAUCUUCCAAACUUGGAAAGGCUUUACCUCGGAGGCAACUCCCUAGAUGGAGCGAUUCCACCAAACCUGGAGAAAUGCAAAAAGCUUCAAGUUUUGGUAUUGGCUAAAAAUGAGUUUAUUGGAACUGUACCAAGAGAGCUAGCCAACUUAACAGCUCUUACAAUAUUACAGAUGUCAACUCUGCAACUGGAAGGAGAGAUACCAGUGGAGCUAGGUAAUCUAAAGAAACUACAAGUGCUGUCUUUAGCCGAGAAUGAGUUUACUGGUUCUGUCCCUGCAAGCAUUUUCAACAUGUCAACACUGAAGAUCCUAGAUCUUGGGACAAACAAGCUUUCAGGUACUCUUCCUUUAGAUUUAGGCCGUGGAAUGCCCAUCCUAGAAAAUCUUUAUUGUGGAGUAAACAAACUGAGUGGUUUUAUCUCUACUUCAAUCUCAAAUUCGUCAAGACUCAGAAUUCUUGAUCUCUCAUCCAACAGUUUCACAGGUCCAAUUCCCGAAUCACUUGGUAAUUUAGAAUACCUUGAGAUUCUGGACUUGAGGGGGAAUAACCUUUUCAGUGAUUCAACAUUGAGCUUCCCUACAUCAUUAACAAAUUGUAGGAAACUAAGAGUACUCUGGGUUGCUGAUAAUCCGUUGGAUGGUGUUUUGUCCGCAUCUAUAGGGAAUUUCUCCAACUCUCUAAAUUUGUUUAAAGGAGAUGGUUGUAAACUUAAGGGCGUCAUUCCUCGAGAAAUUGGUAAUCUUACUGGAGUGAUACAUAUGAGUUUGUUUAACAAUGAGUUUACUGGUCAUAUUCCAAAUACUCUCCAAGGCAUGUUGAACCUUCAGGAAUUUUACCUACAAAGAAACAAGAUAGAAGGAACCAUACCAGAUGUUAUAUGCAGUUUAAAGAAUCUCGGUGCACUAGACUUGUCAGGAAAUCAGUUUUCAGGUUCCGUGCCACCAUGCUUGGGAGAAGUUACCAGUUUGAGGUAUCUUAAUCUAGCUUACAACAGGCUGAAUUCAAGAUUACCUGCAAGCUUGGGGAGCCUUCAAGACCUCAUAAAAGUCGAUGUUUCAUCCAAUUUAUUAAGUGGGAAAAUUCCGCUUGAGAUUGGAAAUUUAAACGCUGCAGCUCUCAUUGAUUUGUCAAAAAAUAAAUUUUCUGGAAACAUUCCUAGCACUCUAGGGGGUCUAGUAAAAUUGAUUAAUCUUUCUUUGGCACAUAAUAGAUUAGACGGGCCUAUUCCAAAUUCAUUAGGCAAAUUGUUGGCGUUGGAAUUCAUGGAUUUGUGCUAUAACAAUCUUAGUGGUGAAAUUCCAAAAUCUUUAGAAGCUCUUGUGUAUCUCAAAUACCUGAACAUCUCAUUCAAUAAACUCAGUGGAGAAAUUCCCACGGGUGGUCCUUUUGCAAAUUUUACAAGUCAAUCUUUCUUGUCCAAUGGUGCACUCUGUGGUGACUCCCGGUUUAACGUGAAACCAUGUGCAAACAAAUCUACAAAGAAGUCAAGAAGAAGAAAAAGAGUGCUUACAAGUUUAUAUAUUUUGUUAGGGAUUGGAUCACUCCUCGCAUUGGUUGUUGUAUAUGUGGUGUUAAGAUUGAGAAAGACAAAGAAGAAUGUAAGUCAAGCAGAUGUUUCUCUGGUAAAAAGGCAUGAAAGAAUUUCCUAUUAUGAACUUGAACAAGCAACAGAAGGAUUCAAUGAAAGCAACUUGCUUGGUAAUGGGAGUUUCAGCAUGGUCUACAAAGGGCUACUUAAGGAUGGUACCGUUUUGGCAGCAAAGGUAUUCAAUGUGCAAUUGGAGGGUGCAUUCAAAAGUUUUGACACGGAAUGUGAGAUACUUCGGAACCUUUGCCAUAGAAAUCUGACAAAAGUCAUCACCAGUUGCUCCAACCUUGAAUUCAAGGCCCUAGUGUUGGAAUACAUGCCUAAUGGGACACUUGAUAAAUGGUUAUACACUCACAACUUGUUCUUGAACUUAUUGCAGAGAUUGGAUAUAAUGAUAGACAUUGCAUCUGCAAUGGAUUAUCUCCAUAAUGGCUAUUCAACACCUGUGGUGCAUUGUGACUUGAAGCCAAGUAAUGUCUUGCUAGAUCAAGAAAUGGUUGCUCAUGUUAGUGAUUUUGGCAUUGCAAAAUUGUUAGGUCCAGGAGAGGCUUUUGUUCGAACAAGGACAAUUGCAACCAUUGGAUAUAUUGCUCCAGAGUAUGGACAAGAUGGAAUAGUAUCCACGAACUGUGAUGUUUAUAGUUUUGGCAUCUUGAUUAUGGAGACAUUUACAAGAAUGAGACCAAGUGAUGAUAUAUUUACCGGAGAAUUGAACAUACAACGUUGGGUUAGUGAUUCCUUUCCAAGUGAAAUUCAUAAGGUGGUGGAUUCUAAUUUGGUACAGCCAAGGGAUGAACAAAUUGAUGCAAAGAUGCAAUGUUUGAUAUCUGUCAUGGAAUUAGCGUUGAGCUGCACUUUAGUGAUACCUUAUGCAAGAAUUAGCAUGAAAGAUGCUCUUUCAACACUUAAAAAGAUUAGACUCCAGCUUGUUAGUAGUCGGCACUAGGUGGAAUCAGAUUGUCUACUCUAGUAUGUUAUUUCAUUGCCUAUGUCAGUUAUAUAUGUUAAGCUUUCAAUUCUGCACAAGUACUUAAGUGCGUUUAAUCACGGUUGUAGGAAGCAAACUCGUUUCUUGAUAUAUAUAAUUUUGAUGAUAUAUGGAAGUCAAACCUAAGCCAAUGACUACAAAUAUUUCUACAAAACUUUGAAUCAAACCUAAGCCAAUCAUCUGAUGGAUCAGAGUGAUAUAAGUGAGAACUAUGAAAAUGGGAUAAGAUCUGUCAGUUCCUUUUCAAGAGAAUCUGCAACAACUGAAUAUUCAUGGUUCCUAAAACAAGACCUUUUAUAUGGAAAAGGACAUCAUCGCUGCGAGCAUAGGAUUUUUAAAUUAACAUCUUCAUAACUGAAUCUUUUCUGAAUCUCUUUAAAUAGCAUAUCUGGUGAAAGAAAAGGAAAAAUUGGUAUAUAUUUUUUUAAGUUUAUAAGCCCCUAUCUUGAAUGAUUUAUUAGAAUUAACUCAAAGGAAGUUUUUACACAAAAAAGAAUGUAUGUACUAUGCCGUUGUUAAAUUACACGAACCAUCGAGUUCAUAAUGCACUAAAGACCAUG